AUGCAGUGGAAAUGAGAGCGUUGAGAAGUGUGUGUGGUGUAAAAUUACAAGAUAGAAUUAGGAACAGUGUGAUAAGUGAAAAGUGUGGACUGAACGAAGAUGUAGUGACAAAAAUUGAGAACGGUAUGUUGAGAUGGUUUGGACACGUGGAAAGAAGGUUAACAAAGAGAGUGUAUAAGGGAGAAGUAGAAGAGGGAGCUGGAAGGGGUAGACCUCGUCGGACUUUCUCUGAUCAAAUCGGGGAAAUCCUGAAAGGCCAGGCCGAGAGCCACCCUAAACCGACGAGCGUGUAUGAGGAAUGUCAUGAAAGUGAAGGAAGCGAAAGAGGUAUGUCAGGAUCGUAGCAAGUGGAAAUCCGUGGUCUCUGCCUACCCCUUCGGGAAAUAGGCGUGAUUAUAUGUAUGUAUGUAUGUAUGUAUGUAUGUUUUUGAUAAUUAUAACAAAAGCGCUGGUGGCCUAGCCUUGCUAGGAGUGCAAACCCCGGCUCGUACCAAUGAGUUUUACGGAACUUAUGUACGAAAUGUCAUUUGAUAUUUACCAGUCGUUUUUCGGUGAAAGAAAACAUCGUGAGGAAACCUGACUAAUCUCAACGAGGCCUAGUUUAUCCUCUGGCUUGAAAGGUGAGAUAGCAGUCGCUUUUGUAACGCCAACUCUGGGGAUUAAUUGUCAAGCGGACCCCAGGCUCCCAAGAGCCGUGGCAAAUGCCGGGACAACGCGAGGAAGAAGAAGAUAAUUAUAACUAUUAUAAGAGUUAGGAGAAUAUUUGAUAUGUAUUGACUGUUGACGCUGUACCUGCAUGUUCCAGUAAUAAACCAGUCAUUGGUCCGAACGGUUGUUUUACUAAAUACCUCACUGGCGACGACGCGAGAGUACCCACGCAAUAAAAACAAAUAUGGCGCACUCUUAUCUCGGUUCUUUGCAUAAUUUCGAUUACAAAUCCGGAGAGUGGUCUAUUUUUAAGGGCAAAUUAACUCAAUUUUUUAAAGUAAACGCUAAUAGUAUUACAGCUGAUAACAAAUGUGCAGUGUUAAUAACGCAUCUUUCGGACGAUUCGUAUCGCUUGGCACGUAAUCUCGUGUACCCUCGUGAUUUAGAAGCGCAUACGUAUGACGAACUUAUUGCUGUUCUGGAUAAACAUUUUAAAAUUAAAAAGUGUUCGUUUGCUAAUAAGGCGAAGUUCUACAGUGCGACGAAAAAUCCAGACGAGUCUUUAGGAGAUUGGGCGGCGCGGCUACGCGGGUUGGCAAGUCAUUGCGACCUGGGCAACGCCCUGGAGACGGUGCUGACGGACCGUUUCGUACUCGGUUUGGGUUCCGGCCCCGAGCGCGACAAGCUGUUUGAGCAAGACGCGGCGACCCUUACGUUCGCCAAGGCGUUGGAGGUCGCAGAGCAAGCGGCUAGUGCUAGGCAAGCCCAGGCGAUGGUAGGCGAGACUGGCAGUAUCGGCAACGUGCCGAUAAAGGAGGAGCCGGUUUUCCGUGCGGCAUACGCGGCGAGCCCUGGGCGCGGCGGCGCCCGUGGCCGUGCCAGCCGCGGUGGCGGAGCUGGCGCCGGUCGUGCUACGGACAUCGCAUCGGGUUCCAAAUGGCAUGAACGUGAUGUAGUAAAUAGAUGUAAUAUUUGCGAAGUUGGAGAACCACAGUGCGGAAACGUGUCGUUAUAAAGGUUAUAAGUGCGGCAAGUGUGGUGUUAAGGGACACCUAAAGAAAGUAUGCAAACUAAAAUUUCACAAUAUCCAAGCACAGGAAGGAGAAACGGAAACUUCUUGCG